AUGCGCUGUCUCCGACGCAUACUCAGCAUUACCUGGCAAGACAAAGUUCGAAACAACACAGUCCUUCAGCGACCUGAAACUCCCAGCAUGUAUACACUACUGAAACAGAGACGAUUGCGCCGGCUUGGCCAUGUUGUAAGAAUGGAUUACGGCCAGAUCCCAAACGAUCUCCUUCACGGAGAAUUGACUCAAGGAAAGCGCCCCACCGGCAGGCCCCAAUUACGCUAUAAAGAUGUCUGCAAAAGGGAUCUGAAGGCCUUGGGCAUUGACAUCAACGGAUGGGAAACCUUGGCUUCAGAACGUUCAGACUGGAAGCAAGCAGUAGGGUAA